UCGGAGGCCGCACCCCACUUUAUUGUAAAUUUAGACUCUUUUGCCGAAGGCUCCGUACCACCCGUCCCUCAGCCACCGACCCCUGCGGCUGAACCUAAUGCACCAACCGCAGACGCUUCACAAGCACCUACCAACAUUCCUGUUCCUGAAAUUCCCUCCUAUUCCAAUUAUGUUCGCGUUGGCAAAUCAAAGGGUCGCGCCCGGGGAUCGUACAAGCCCCUGAACGAAAUGUAA